AUGCAUUCUGAUGUCGGUGGUGCUGACAGUGUUGUGAUGGCACAGCCGACAAUAGACGACAUGGAGGACACUGAGCAAACGGUGCCAAAGCUGAGUCCGUUGCAUGUGUCAGCAGAUAGCGAUAUUGCGCAGAACUCGCUCGGUGAUACCGAUAUUGCCAUCGGAGGUGGCAUAUCAUCUACUCUUGGGUCCGAGGCAGAUACAUGCGCAAAAGACGUGGAGCCCGCGUUUGCUGUUCAAGCAUCAGAUGAUCGACCGAUUCGUCCUGCUCAGUCCACGUUUGAGCAGAUGCAUUCUGAUGUCGGUGGUGCUGACAGUGUUGUGAUGGCACAGCCGACAAUUGACGACAUGGAGCAAACGGUGCCAAAGCUGAGUCCGUCGUAUGUGUCAGCUGCGUCAGCGAGAUAG